AUGGCUGAUCGCGCGCGCCGCCUCCGCCGCACUGUUAGGUCGUCCAUGGUCAGUCAGCCCACCUCGGGACCUCUCGACCGCUAUGACUCCUCUUUUUGCACGACGCGAAAACAGACCCCCAACGAGCCCCGGGCUUACACAGCGGGGUUUCGCGUAGGCAACCACACGGCAUACAAGCAGGUCAAGGGGCGCAAGACGACGGCCGACGAAAUCCUCGAGCUCUACGAGGGCCUGAAACAGUCGGACCUGAACAACUUCGAUGUCCUGCUGUCCGGCUACAUGCCAAGCGCCGAGGCGGUGCAGGCGGUGGGUAAAAUCGGGAGGGAUUUGAGGUUCAACGCGUCGGUUAAGCCGGGGAGCUUCUUCUGGGUGUUGGACCCCGUCAUGGGCGACCAGGGACGGUGCUACGUACCCGAAGACGAGAUACCGCAGUACAAGGCGCUGCUGCGUGAGGCAGAUCUCAUCCUGCCGAACCAGUUCGAGGCCGAACUCCUCUCCGACACCAAAAUCACCAACCUCACCACCCUCGCCACCGCCAUCCAACGCCUCCACUCAACCUACCACAUCCCCCACAUCAUCAUCACCUCCCUCCGCCUCUCCCCCACCGACGACCACACCAUCCUGGCCCCCUCCUCCACCGACACCCCCACCCACCUCACCGUCGUCGGCUCCACCUCGACCAGCGCCGGCGCCCCGCGCCUCUUCCGGCUCGACGCCCCCGCCUUCCCGCACUUCUUCUCCGGCACGGGCGACAUGUUCGCCGCGCUGACGGUCGCGCGGCUGCGCGAGGCGUGCGCGGCGGAGGAGGGGACGCUGGGUCGCGCCAGCUGGAAGAGCGGCGACGACGUGCCGGCGACGCGGCUGCCGCUGGCGCGGGCGGCGGAGAAGGUGCUCGAGAGCAUGCACGCCGUCCUGGGGAAGACGGCGGCGGCGUGCGAGAGGGAGAUGGCGGCGCUGGAGGCCGAGGAAGGAAGGGCGCCGGCGGAGGAUGCGGACGAGCGGGGUGAGGCGGCGAGGGAGAGGGCGUUCAAGCGCCAUUUGAGGCGGAUGCGGGCGAGUGAGGUGCAGGUCGUAAGGAAUGUGGGGGAUUUGCUGCUGCUGGGAGGCGAGGCGGCGGGGAGGGAGGGGUUCGUUGCGAGGGAGGUGGAUGUGCGGGGGUGGGAUGUCGACGCUGGGAAGCCGCGGCCGGAUGAGCUGGGGGUGACUGAUUUGGGUGUGGGCGCGAGCGCGGGGGCUGUGCAGGUCGAGACGGCGAACAGAUGA